UUCUGUAAUUCCCAGUCAACAAAUUUGACAGAGUAUCUGUUUUGAUAGUAAUAGACGUUUCCUCCUAAAGCUGACAAGUACAUUUGAUUACUGCUCCAUAUUUUUUGAUAGAGAAGCUUUGAUAGUUUCGGUCUUUUAUUCGCGUUUAUUUACUUACCAAGAGAAUAAAGAUGGCAGAAACUCCAACAACAGAAUCUGGGACGAUAAUAAAAAUGGAGGUGGACUACAGCAGCAACUGCGACACCAAAAUACCAGAGUGCAAAAAGUUGGCUCGGGAAGGAAAACUUCACGAUGCUCUGGAUCAGUUACUAGCUUUAGAAAAAUUGACCAGAACGGGAGCAGACAUGGUUUCAACAUCACGGGUCUUAGUCGCAAUAGUGGAAAUAUGCCUAGAAGCCAAGAACUGGACUGCACUAAAUGAGCAUAUAGUUCUGUUGUCUAAGAGGCGCUCACAGUUGAAACAAGCAGUAACUAAAAUGGUUCAGGAAUGUUGUACUUAUGUAGAUAAAACUCCGGACAAAGAAACUAAGAUCAAAUUAAUUGAAACUCUCCGCUCAGUAACAGAGGGAAAGAUAUAUGUAGAGGUAGAAAGAGCACGUCUUACCCAUCGUUUAGCCAAAUUGAAAGAAGAAGACGGAGAUGUUACCGGAGCUGCCACAAUUAUGCAAGAAUUACAGGUGGAAACAUAUGGUAGCAUGUCUCGUAGAGAAAAGGCAUCCUUGAUUUUGGAGCAAAUGCGACUCUGUUUAGCAAAGCAGGAUUUCGUCCGAACUCAGAUUAUUGCUAAGAAGAUCAACAUAAAAUUCUUCGAUGAUGAAAAUGACGAAGAGACUCAGACUCUGAAACUCAAAUAUUAUGACCUGAUGAUGGAGCUUGCACUCCAUGAGGGAUGGCACUUACAACUGUGUCGUCAUAAUCGGGCAGUCCUCGAAACCCCAGCAGUUAGAGACAAUCCGCAGAGCCGUCACACUGCUCUUUCACGAGCAGUUUUGUACCUUAUCUUAGCUGCCCAUGAGCCAGAACAAGCAGAUCUGACACAUAGAUUAUUGGCUGACAAGCUUCUCAAUGAGAUACCAACCUACAAAGAGCUUCUCCGUCUUUUUGUGAAUCCUGAGCUUAUCAAAUGGUCAGGCCUUUGUGAGAUAUAUGAAAGAGAUCUCAGAGCUACUGAAGUUUUCUCUGCAGCUACUGAAGAUGGAUGUAAACGAUGGACAGAGCUCAGAAAUCGCGUCGUCGAACACAACAUAAGAAUAAUGGCAAAAUAUUACACAAAGAUAACGCUAACCCGAAUGGCGGAGCUCCUUGAUCUUCCGGUCGAAGAAACGGAAUCCUGUCUAUGCAAUUUGGUUGAAACAGGAGUGAUCAAUGCUCGUACCGAUAGACCAGCUGGUGUUGUAAGGUUCACCGGAGCUCAAGAGCCAGCUGCUCUUUUGGACGCUUGGUCAGCAUCUUUGUCGAAGCUUAUGGGUCUGGUGAAUCACACCACUCACUUGAUCCACCAGGAGGAAAUGUUGGCAGUGGCUCAGUCAUAAAAUCGUUUGUGAGGUCGGUUUCACCUCGUUGGCAAUGACUAAUUUCUCCAACAGGAUUCAAUCCCUUUAAAACUUUUCAAUGGGUUACAAGCCUGUGUUGUCAUAGAAUGUAUUUAUCAUUCGCAAGAAGAUGUUUGAUAAUAAAAUUUAUAAAAGAAAAA